AUGCUCUACACCCUCAGCCUCUUCGUGCUCGAACCUAUGCGCUGGACCGCACUAUACGAAUGGAGGGACUUGACCAUGUUCGAGAAGAAUGCCCUGGCUAUCUUUUGGAAAGACUUGGGCAACGAGAUGGGCAUCUCAUAUGAGUGCUUGAAUCCCCACAUGAGUCAAAAAGAUGAUGCUCUAGCCUGGUUGGAAGCCCUGCAGAAGUGGUGCUUGGAGUACCAGGAGCACAACAUGGUCCACGCUAUCUCAAAUGAAAAGCUGGCACAUGCGAAUAUCACUCUGCUUCUGAUGGAUUUCCCCAAGUUCACGCAUAACUUUGUAUUCAGGCAGUUGCGUUGCCUGAUGGAACCUGUGCUCCGACGAGCUAUGGGGUACGAGGAUCCCAGCAAGUUGGACUUCUUCAUUUUCGAGAACCUAGUCGCUUUCAGGCGUAAUAUCCUCAAGUACUUCUGUUUACCGCGACCGAAAUGGUGGACCAACCCAAUGAUCCAAGAUGUCGAUAAGAAGACCGGCAGAAUGUACUUGCCAAGCUACCUCGCGCACCCAUACUAUGUCAAGCCGAGCUUCUGGUGGCGAUGGAGUCCUUCUGCUCUCUAUACCAGACUGAUUGGUGGACACUUGCCUGGCGAUGAGGGCUCAAAGUAUCACCCGGACGGAUACACCAUCCCGGAAGUUGGCCCUGAUGCACAAAGAUGCAAAGGUAAGGAGUACAUGGAACGCACGAGAGAGAGGAUUAGUCAAGCUAGGGGUUGUCCUAUGGCUCUCCAGGCUUGA